GCUUAUUAUAUUAGAGAAUUUUAUGAAGUUCAAGACAAAGUUUCUAUUUUAGAAGCUGAAUUAAGUAGAAUUGAAGAUAUUGAAAGACACAUCCAUGACAAAAUCGAUCAUGCUGUACUUGAUGUUGAAGCUGCUCCACAAUCACAAAAGGGAAAAAUCCAAAAAGAAAUCAAUUUAAUGGUUUCUCAGUUAAAUGGAUUUAUGAAACAAAAAGCUAAGUUAGUUAAGGGAAUGAAAAAGUUAUUGGCUUCUGUUCCAACAUAUGUUAAGGAAAGAAUUAUUAAUACUCUUCAUAUUGAAAAAAGGUUCAAUAGAAGUGAAGAAGUACUUGACGAUGCUGAAGUUGUUAAAAGUGUAAAAUCAAAGAAGGCUAAGUCUGUAGCUAAGAAAAUAGCUAAAAGUGUUGUUAAAAAGCAAUCUAAGGAAGUAAAAAAAGAAGUUAAAACUGUCACAAAGAAAGUCCAUAAAAUUGAAAAGAAAAUCAUUAAAGAAGCUAAGAAAAUCAUUGAAAAGGCUAAGAAAGAAGCUAAGAAAUUAACAAAGGCUUCAAAGAAGGCUACUAAGAAAGAUUCAAAGAAGGCUUCUUCAUUAAAGAAAUCAAUGAAAGCUUUGAAGAAGAGUUUGAAGGCUAAAGUUAAGAAAGCUGAAAAGAAAGCUAAGGCUCAAGCAAAGAAACAAGCUAAGAAAAUUGCAAAGAAACAAGCUGCUAAGACUCAAAAAGCUAUUGCCAAGAAAGUUAAUAGUAAAGUUAAGAAAGUCACUAAAAAAGAAGCUGCUGAUAAGAAGAAAUUAUUGAAGAAAGUUAAAAAGGCUGAAAAGAAAGGAAAGAAAGCAGCCAAAGAAGCAAAGAAAUCAGGUGAGAAAGCUGCUAAAAAAGCCGCUAAAGCAGCAAAGAAAGCUACUAAGAAAGUUACCUCAGUUAAAUCUAAAGCUGAAAAAUUAUCAAGCAAAGCCGUUAAGAAAGCUCAAAAAGCUGUCAAAAAAGCCACUAAAGAAGCAAAGAAAGCUAAUAAAGAUGUUAGUAAGAAAUUAAAGACUACAAAGAGUGAUCUUAAAAAGAAAGCUAAAAAAGCCGCUAAAGCAGCCAAGAAAGCUAUGAAAGUUGAAAAGAAACAAGAAAAGAAAUUGAAACAAGUUAAAAAACAAGUUAAGAAAGGAACAAAGAAAAUGAGUGCUGUUAAAAAAUUAAAGUCUCAAAUUUCAAAGAGUAAGAAAAAUGUUAAAAAGGCUCUUCUUAAGGAAAAGAAAUUGAAGAAACAAAUUAAAAAGACUGCACAAAAAGCUAAAAAGACAGCCAAAAAAUCUGCUCAAAAAGCCGCUAAAAAGUCAGCUAAAAAAGCUCAAAAGAAAGCACUUUCAUCUGCUAAGAAAUAUGUUAAAAAGACAACCAAGAAAGUAACUAAGAAAGAUGCUAAAAAGAUUAAAAAGACACAAAAGAAACUUAUUAAAAAAUUAAAGAAAGCUGGAGUUUCAAAGAAAGUAUUAAGAAAAGUUCAAAAGAAAAUGUCAAAAGUUAAUAAAUUAUCAAAGAAAAGUACAAAGAAAGCACAACUUAAAGUUAAAAAGAUGAUGAAAAAUCUUAGAAAACAAAGCAAAAAGUAUGUACAAAAGAAAAGUGCUAAAUUAAAUAAAAAGAUAUCAAAAAUUAAUAGAAGAAAGAAAGUUUCAAAGAAGGUUAAUAAUAAGAGAAGAGUUAAUAAAAGAAUUAAUAAAAAGAAAUUAGUUAAAAAACUCAAUAAGAAAAAGUCUGUUAAGAAAAUUAAUAAAAAGAAAACAAUUAAGAAAUAUAGUAAGAAAAGAUUUACUAAAUUAACUAAAAAGCUUAAUAGAAAACUUACUAAGAAAUUAACAAAGAAAUUUGGAAAGAAAAAGGCUAUGAGAAUUGUUAAAAAAAUGAAAAGAUUUGAAAAGAAAGCCAUGAAAAAAGGAAUUAAGAAAGGAAAGUUUAAUAAAAAGGCACUUCAAAAAUUAAUUAGAAAAGCUGCUAAAAAAUCAAUGAAAAAAUAUUCAAAGAAAAUUGCUAAAAGAAGUUCUAAUAAAAAACUUCUUUUAAAGUCUAAAGCCUUUAUUCGUAAAGCAAAAAAGAGUGGAAUGGCAAAGAAGGCAUUUAAUAAAUUUAAUGCUAAGAGACGUAUUCUUAAAGCCCAAAUGAAAAAGGUUAAGAAUUUGAAAAAGGCUUUGAGAAAAGCACAUGGAUCUUCAAAGGCUCAACUCAGACACAAAAUUCAUAAAGUACAAGCUAAGGUUAAGGCUGCUAGAAGAUCAGUAAAAAGAACUAUGAAAGUUGCAAAUAGAGCUAUUCGAAAAGUAUCAAGAUCAGUAUCAAGACCUAAACCAUCUAGAUCCUCAAGAUCUAGACCAUCAAGUUCAAGAAGAAGAAGAUAA